AUGGCAACUUUGAUAUUGCCGAAGAUAAGUUUACUAAUGGUUGUGUUGUGCCUUUUGCUCUCAAAGAAAAACAGCAACAACCACCCCAUCACACUGAAUACGGUUCCCUUACAUUCAUUUUCCCAUGGCCCCAUCUCUUUAUCUGUGAAGAACAAGAACGACGAUUCUUCUUCUCGCUCUCUCCUUCAAUAUGAUUUCUACCGAAAUUCCUGCCCCCAUGCAGAGCGCAUUGUUCGUGCUGCAAUUCACCAUCUUUACCGCACUACACCCACUUUAGUUCCUGCUAUUAUCCGUCUUGCUUUCCAUGAUUGCUUCGUUCAGGGAUGUGAUGCUUCUGUUCUGUUGGAUGAUGAUGAUUACAUUGAUUCAGAGAAAGAGUCACCUCCAAAUGCAAAUCUCAAAGGUUUUGAAGUAAUCCAAACCAUCAAAUCCAAGCUUGAAGAAGCAUGCCCCGGGGUUGUUUCCUGUGCUGAUAUUCUUGUACUAGCUGCAAGAGAUUGUGUGGCUCUGAGUGGUGGCCCAUGCUAUCCAUUACGCACUGGUAGGAGAGAUGGUUCUAACUCUUUCUCUGACAUUGCAACAUAUGAGCUUCCUUCUCCCUAUGGUGAAUUAUCCCAAACCCUUGCAGCCUUCAAAUCAAGAGGAUUCAAUGAAAGAGAGAUGGUCACUCUCCAAGGUGCCCACAGCAUUGGUGUAUUCCAUUGCAAAUUCUUCCAAAAUCGUCUAUAUAACUUCAAUGGAACCAAUGAACCUGACCCUUCUCUAGAUACUGAAUUUCUAAAUCUACUAAGAUCAAGAUGCAGUUCCUCUAAUGCAUCAUCCUCUUCAGCAUCAAGUUAUACUUUCCAUGGCUCACAUUCUUCCUUAGAAGAGAAAGGAAUCAAUAUAGGCUUUGAGCAACAUCGAUCGGAGUUUGGGACAUUAUACUACCGCAGCCUGUUGCAAGGUAGAGGAAUCCUCUAUGCUGAUCAGCAGCUAAUGGAAGGGAAAAGAACCAAGAAUUGGGUUGAAACAUAUGCAUCUCAUCCUACUUUAUUCCAUCGAGAUUUUGCCCAGGCAAUGAUAAAACUCUCAGAUCUACAGGUCUUGACACUGCCUAUGGGACAGAUUAGGCUCAAUUGUUCAAAGGUUGCAUGACAGUGUUCCCAAGAAUAGAUGCUGUCU